CAUUUGAGCAUAAACCUAUAUAACACACCUUGACUUGUCUGAUUGUAAUUUCGUGUCACUUGCUCAAUGUAGGCAGUUAGAGGUUGGUGUAAGAUAUAGGGCAAUAACAUAUAGGCACUAACCUUACCUUACGAAGACUUGACUGUAGCUACAAAGAAGAUCAUUGCGAAGCCUCUGCUGACUUUGGGAAAUUUUAAAGAAGAGCAACACCUAACGUAAAGAGCACACAUUUUUGUAUUCACCAUCACUAUGGCACACUGCAUAACAAUAAGCCAAGAGGAGUUCAGCACUGAGAAGGAGAUGGAGCAACAAAAUAAUACUGUUGCAUAUGGAGUUGUCAAGGGAACAACAACGUUUCUAUGGCAACGGAAGAUGAAAACCUAUUUUGAUGCUGUUGUCAUUGGACAUCCUGGGAAGUACAUUACAAGAUCGCACUAUGAAGAAAUAAUCUACAGAAUCAAAACAAGAUAUAAGGGACUUUCGAAACGAGCAAUUGAAAUAAUCAAUCGCGUCUUCUUGCAAAUUCUAUGGGGAGAGCCUGUCACAAGAGGGGGUGAUGUAGGAAAAAAUCGAAAAGUGUCAUUGACUGAGUUCACCCGUAAUGCUGCAGAAAAUUUAAAACCAGAGAAUAUCGGAACAUUUAUAGAGGUUUUGGAUUAUAUAUCCGCGUCUCUUUUCUGGUUCAUUGAUGUCGACAAAGAUAAAGACAUAUCACUUGAUGAGUUUAACGAGUUUUUCAUAUUGUUCGGAAUCCCCCACCAAUUCUCCCAGAAUGCAUUUGAAUCUAUAGAUGCAGACGACAGCGGCCAAAAUGCCCUAAUACGUCACUUCCGCUGA